AUGGUUCAGUUCCUCAAGACUGCCACCAAGAAGCUUAUUUUGGGGAGCAAGUUAAGAAUCAUCAUCAUGAGUGGCAAAGAAGUUGAGCCAGUUGUCCUUCCAGAUGAUAUUCUUAUCUCUGGGCAUAUCACUCUCAUGCUAGACGAUGUGGAAUGUCACGCCUGGGUUGAACACGAUGGUGGCAGAAUAUUGCGUCUCUUUGUUCGAUCACCAUCGCCUCUUUCGGAACUGCGGUCAAGCAAUGGCCGAAUGGCGUGCCAAAUUACAAGAGUCUUUCGGUUGAUCUCAGGGCUCACCGGCGUGAAGAUCCAUCCUGCAUUCUUUGAGUCAACUUUAGUCGAGACCUUAAUCAUCAGGGGAUGGUACGAUGAGAAAAUUGGUCAAAUACAACCCGUCAGUCCAGGAAAUCUGGAUCCUCUUCUUAGACUUUGGCUCGCAGAAAGGGGGUUCACCGGUGAAAGCGACCUCCAACGCUUAACUGAAGCGGCUGGGGGGUCCCUCAGGCUUGGAAUUCGAAUUAUGUGUGCGAGCCGCCCAAACAAGGCACACAGAUCUAAGACCGCUGGCUUAGGGGUUCUUCCAUCCACGAAAACACAUGAUUGUGAUCACUGGCCCGACGAAAUCGUUUCUCGUGUCCAAGCUCUCUUCAAAGAGAAGGCCCCCCUCCUCUUCAUGAACAGCGAACGCAGUCAGUCCACAGAUGAAGAGCAGAACCAAGCAACGGAAGAUUCCUCUAUUGCCAAAGCUAUCGGGCUGGAUCUUUCUUCCCGAAACGCUCAAAAGUCCCCAAGUAUACCCGACUAUCUCACCCAAUUUGAUGAAGCGCAAAACAAGAUUGAUGGAUCUCAAAUCAACGCGGGUGUUUCGAGAACCCUCGAUGAAACCCAGUCAGAACCAAUCAGGUUGAUGCUAGGCUCAAGGCACCAAGGGUAUGGAGGGUUGCGGGCAGUGGGGUUCUACCAAUUCACUAUCCGCCACAUAGGAUUGUGCAUCGUUACUCAACUUCACCCAGAGUGUGGAUUUUGGAUUCAAGCGGAGCUUUCCCCUGUUGGUGAAAGGCAUCCGCACGUGUGGGCUACAGAAGCAACCCUCGAAGACCCUGGCUCUCGUUUGGCGAUUCGCGUUGGAAUACGAGGCUCUGAUGAUCGUGAAAUAGGCUUUGAGUAUCCCGCUUGUGAUGGCUGGGAAGCUUGUUACAAAGCGAAUCGGCUUGUCGAUGAGCUGCAUGGGGACAGCUGCUUCGAAAUUUCCAAAAGACCCCGGAGACACCUCGUUGUUGAUGGACGACAUAGGGGUCUGCUCCAAAGAUACCCCGAGCUUCAGAAAUAUGUGGGCGGGGCGUUCAAUGAUGAUGAUGGGAAUCUUGUCCCCGACCGACCUCAGCGACUAAGGAUAGGCAAGAAUUGGAAGAGCGAUGAAAAGCGUGAGGAAAGCGAGAAAGGGCCGGAAUAA